UUCUUGCAUUUAAGGCUCCGCGAGUUUCUAUACAAGGAAAGGCGGAAAUCGAACAGAACAACGGGAAAAACAUAGUUAAACGCGGAAGUAACAUUAGCGCACACUGGCCAACGCAAGGGCGAAUAAAUCAGAACCUAGUGCUUUGUGCACCGCGUUAUCAGAAAAGCUUACCCGAGUGAAAAGAAGUGAAGCAGUCGUCUCUUCGAUAUCGUGAAGAAAAAAAGGUUGAAGUUCGUUUCAACUUUUGUCAUUUUGAGCAAAAGUGCUGAAGCAGAGUGUUUGGUGGUGAAAAACCAGACGUGAUACUCAUCACGCACAUUAUCGCUUGCUAGGCAAAGCGAAGAAGGUGCUGUUAAAGAAGGGCGUGUAAAGGGAAAUUUAAUUGAAAAUGGAAGCACUCAUCCCGGUGGUAAAUAAGCUACAGGAUGUUUUCAACACCGUCGGAUCCGAUGCCAUCCAGCUACCGCAGAUUGUUGUCCUUGGCAGCCAGAGCUCCGGCAAGAGUUCCGUGAUAGAGAGUCUCGUUGGACGAACGUUUCUUCCCCGGGGAACCGGUAUUGUUACGCGUCGGCCACUCGUUCUGCAGCUCGUGUACACUCCACUAGAUGACCGCGAACACCGUUCGGCCGAGCAGGGUACGGUGGCGGUGGAAGAGUGGGGACGCUUUCUGCACAUCAAGAACAAGGUGUUUACCGAUUUCAACGACAUCCGGUGUGAGAUCGAGAAUGAAACGGAUCGGAUGGCGGGAAGCAACAAGGGCAUCUGCCCGGAGCCGAUUAAUCUGAAGAUCUACUCCACGAAGGUCGUUAAUUUGACGCUGGUAGAUUUGCCGGGCAUUACGAAAGUUCCCGUCGGGGAUCAGCCGGAAGAUAUCGAGGCGCAGAUAAAGGAUCUUGUGCAGAAGUACAUCGAAAAUCCAAACUCGAUCAUAUUGGCCGUAACGGCGGCAAACACGGAUAUGGCCACCAGUGAGGCGCUUAAGAUGGCGAAGGAUGUCGAUCCGGACGGUCGGCGGACGCUGGCGGUGCUGACCAAGCUUGAUCUCAUGGAUGCCGGUACGGAUGCGAUCGACAUUCUCUGCGGACGAGUGAUUCCGGUAAAGCUGGGCAUUAUUGGUGUGGUAAACCGCUCGCAACAGGACAUUAACGACAAGAAGGCGAUCGAGGAUCAGCUGCGUGACGAAGCGGCCUACCUGCAGCGCAAGUAUCCUACGUUGGCAACACGAAAUGGUACGCCUUACCUGGCCAAAACGCUCAACCGUUUGCUAAUGCACCAUAUUCGUGACUGUCUGCCGGAUCUGAAGACACGCGUCAAUGUGAUGGCUUCGCAGUUCCAGUCGCUGCUGAACUCGUACGGUGAGGAUGUUACCGACAAGAGCCAAUGUUUGCUGCAGAUCAUUACCAAGUUUGCAUCCGCCUACUGCUCUACGAUCGAGGGUACGUCGAGGAACAUUGAAACGACGGAACUGUGUGGUGGUGCGCGCAUUUGUUACAUUUUCCACGAAACGUUUGGCAAAACGCUCGACUCCAUCCAUCCGCUGACGGGGUUGACGAAGAUGGACAUUCUGACGGCAAUCAGGAAUGCGACCGGACCCCGGCCAGCGCUGUUCGUGCCAGAGGUAAGCUUCGAGCUGCUUGUAAAGCGUCAAAUCCGCCGUCUGGAGGAACCGUCUCUCCGUUGCGUCGAGCUUAUCCACGAGGAGAUGCAGCGCAUCAUUCAACACUGCGGCACGGAGGUGCAGCAGGAGAUGCUGCGUUUUCCGAAGCUGCACGAGAAGAUUGUCGACGUAGUAACGCAGCUGCUUCGUCGCCGGCUACCGACCACUAACAGCAUGGUGGAAAAUAUGGUCCAGAUAGAACUGGCGUACAUCAACACGAAGCAUCCGGACUUUCACAAGGACGCCGCGCUGGUGCCCAGUCUUAUCAAGACCGACUCGCAGGACCAGUGGUCGAUUCACCAUCAGACGGGCAACCCUCCGAGCAGGCGACCGGGAACGAGUCGGCAGCAACAGCAGCUGGCGCUCGUCGAGAAGAUGACCAACCACCAGGAUCCCUCAUCGAACCAUCAGCACCAAAACCACGUUGCCGAACAACCGGGUAGUUGGUUGGGAAGCAUUUUGCCACCAAACACCGAGGCCAUGAUCGGCGGAGGUGGCAGCGAGAGUGGCAACAGUACGGCCAGUAAUACGCCGACGCACGGAGUGCUUAGCCCGACCAAACCGGUCAACCUGUUGCCGGAUGUUCCGAUGCACCAUUCAUCGCGUAAGCUGACCGACAAAGAGCAGAAAGAUUGUGACGUUAUUGAGCGUUUGAUAAAAUCGUACUUCUACAUCGUCCGAAAGUCCAUCCAGGAUUCGGUCCCGAAAGCCAUCAUGCAUUUCCUGGUCAAUUUCGUCAAGGACAACCUGCAGUCGGAGCUGGUAACGCAUCUGUAUAAAUCGGACUCGGCCAACGAGCUGCUGAACGAGUCGGAUCACAUCUCCAUCCGGCGCAAAGAGGCCAGCGAUAUGUUGAAGGCUUUGACCCGGGCCAACCACAUUAUCAGUGAAAUCCGCGAAACGCAUAUGUGGUAAGCGUGUCGAGUAUCGUAAUGACUGGAAACUAAAUUGUCACUACAGACCACACGGACAUGAUGUUUGUCGGGGUGGGCCAUCCGAGGGGUACAUUAGUUUCCGUUCACCUCUUCAAAAGUAGCAUCUACCUACACGACCCGGACAAGCUGAAGGAUUAGCGAAGUUAGUCAGGCUGUGGUCGCUUCUAUAGAUACCUAACCACAUUAACCUUCUUUCAACUUUCACGGAAGGGGACAAAGCUAGUGAGGAGAUUAAAUGAUAUUGAUAUUGUUGUUGGAGUCGGGCGCCGGAUGAAAGGAGAACACGUUUUGUUUCGGUAGUUUUAUAGCAUUCGCGUCGCAUCUUUGACCCUAGCUCUUAGCAUCUUUUCACGCCAUAUGACGAACGGACGUGGACACUACUAUUGCCGUACCUAAAAUCGUGAGAAGAAAGCUUUGCUAGGACUUAACCCGGAGGAGGAAAAGUGAAGAUAAACCCAUUCAAUGGAAUUAUUCAUUCGUAAGAAAUGUUAAAUUAUGAUAUACCUACUUACAUAGUGUGAAAAUACCUUAAAAUGGUCACACCGGACGUCGAGAGUGACACCCGAGCGAGGAAAUAACCAAAAUAGUGAAAAAUUAAACGCAACUAGACGUAGAUCGGCCACAUUAUUGUUGAAAACAGCACAACACACAAGUCACAUAAGAGCACCAUUUAUCUUUGCAUUUUCUCAUAUUUUGUACGCUUUCUUUCAUGCGUUUUACUUUUGGUCGAUUCGCAGCUUGGAAGCAUGGAGAUUGAACAUAGCGCGAGAAAUGACGAAUCAUUUUAAGGAAGUAACCGCGAUAAUCUUACUAGUCCAGGCCCUUCAUCCGGAUGCUUAGCAUUAUACAGUAGUGUGUUCCCAUUUUUCCAUUCCAUGUUUUGCCAUCUGAUCGUCACCUCGAACUUUUGCGCUCUCUUUUGGUUUUUGGGUCACGUCAAAGGACGAAUCCUGUGACGAAUAGGCUGCUUUUCUGCGUUUUCUUUUUAAAUCUCAACCCUUCUUCCCUUUCUGUCCGUGUUUCAUGGUGCAGAAAUAUAAAAAAUUCUAGUUAGCAAGUGUAGUGCAUCUGUGGAAACGUAUUUCUAGACACUCCGAUUACCACAUUCUUCGAAAUGCAUUAGUUCAGAGUGUACAUUUAGCCAUUACGUGCUUCAUUGCCUUUGAUUGUGAUGUGCAUUUGUUCUCACCACACAUUUGGGGGAAAGAUACAGAAAAGACACCGAAUAGGCGACAAUGCAGUGUGCUCUUGUGCUAAUAACCCCGUACUACAUAAGACGGAGCAUAAUAAUACCAAAAGGAAGUCCCAAACUGUUGCCACGUGUUUGUUUGAUUCAAAACUGUUUCCGAACAAAAAGAAGUAUAGAAAGGUAUAUCCGAAUAUAUUCUG